UUUUGUUGCCAAACCUUUCUUCAGGCUCGAAUGCAUGGUGUUGGAAUUGAAAUGGGUCGGGUCACAUCAUCUACUUAAGCCAAGGCAGACAAGUACACAUCGGGCCUCAAGCAUACUUUAAGCUGAUCCUCAGAGCUAUGGUUGGCUUGUCGCUCGCAAGGCUGCCGUCACCCUGUUUUGCAGCUUUAGGCCAGUGGGCCUCUGGCAUAGAGCUCUGUCGGCCAAUCGACUUGUUUACAAACGAAGGUAUUGGCGGCUGCGCCAACAGUGUGUUGCAACGGAAGCCAACCACCAUGUUUAUGUUUCCGAGCUCAAACGUCCUGACGGUCCAGCGGAAUGCAACUUGCCGAGUUGAGCUUCCCGUCCGACACCUUCCUUGGUUGUCUUUGUGGCCAAGGAGUCUGGAUCGAAAGGGUUGAGGGGAGGGUGAAUCCAAGAAAGUUAGGGGAAGUCAACAAA